AUGUAUGAAGGUGAGAUUGAGAUUGGGGGAGUUGUUUUGAAAAUACGGCUUUAAUUGCUAUGGAUAUUAAUAGCUGAACAAUGACUUUCUCGGAGGCUUUUUUAGAUGAAAACCUCCUUCUUCACAAUGAGAGUUGUAAAGUGGUGUACGUCAACCCUUUCCAUCAAGACAUUAUCGAGAUCAUUCGCGAAGACCGAAAGACAAAGCCGAAAUGCACUCCGCGAGAUAAAAUACGUUCGUCUUUGGUCAAUGGAAAUCUUUUUAUGGAUGAUAUUGAAGAAAACGAAAGAUGCUAUUAUAAGUAAGAUUUAUUCCGAGAGCGACGAUGAAGCAUUUGUUAUUUGUAGGAUAAUCAUCGGCACUCUUCAAGGCCACCCAAAGCCUUUGGAAUGGGAAGAGUUUGGUAUCAAUGGUGCUGCGCCUCAAGGCGAUUUUGUCCAUGUUCAGUGCAGAAUGGGGAGUGUUACAACAUACGAUUUUGUUCAUCAUCAAAUUUAUAAAGAGUAAGCGGAACAAUUGAGAGAUUGCGAGAUAUAUAAGAAACUGCGACAGGGUGGUCUCACAAAAAAAUAUAUAUAAUAAAUUUCAGUCUCGGCACGCCUACCCCAAAGAUUUCAUCGAAACCCAACGAAUUCCCAGACGUUCAUGUCCUCGCCAUCGAUUCAGCGGCCAUGCCACAUGUCCGUCGAGCCCUUCCAAAGACCCUAAAGUAUAUUACCGAGCAAAUGGGAGCCAUCUCAUUCCCGUUUCAAAACAAAGUCCAAGCAGAUACCGUGGGAAAUUCUCGAGCUCUACUUUUUGGAAAUUUAACCGAGCCAAUCGAAACUCACCCAGAUGGAGAGACCUUGCCUUAUAUUGAGCGGAAUGUCUUAUCGGCUUGUUCAAAUGACAGUAGCUUUCUUCUUAGGAAGUUUAAAGAAAAGGGAUACAAGACACUGCUCAGUGAAGAUUGGAGUGCCCAUUUGCUGAUGGCUUGUAAGGAGAAUCAGACAAGUCCGGUCGACCAUUUUAUGACGUAAGGGAAGCCCAGGCAUUUCGAACCUUCCACUGUACACACAUCUUUUUCAGACCUCAAUAAAAUGUGUACUUCUUUCAGGGUAUAUUUUGACUACCUCCGACAAAACUUCCAAGAGACCCAACAUCUCAACAUCGUCGGUCCAAACGGUCGAUCUCUCUAUCACUCAAAUGUCUGGCCACGAUAUUGCCGUGAGAGGCAUUUUGAAAUGUUCAAUUAUCUCGACAACUUUAUCGACGCCUAUAAAGAACACCCCAAAUUUACAGUAACAUGGCUGGGCUACCUCAUGCACGAUUGGCGAGGGGAUUUGUACAUGUACGACGAUGACUUUUUAGAGUUUUUUAAGAGUCAUAAAGUAAGUGGCUAACCUUAUAAGAAGCCUGUUUUUUGACAAAAAAUUGAGUUGAAUCUGAAUUUUUAGUUCGAAAACUCGCACUUCUUCCUGAUUGCGGAUCACGGAAAUCGAAUCUACUCGGACAAGAGCAUGUUCUGGGACCGAACCGAGGAUUACAACCCGGUAUUGGUUUAUAUCCCGCCGAAAAGAACUCAGAAUAAUGAGAAAGUAAUGAAUUACGUUCGGACCGCAUCCAAACAAUUGGUCACACAGCUGGAUGUUUAUGCAACUCUUUACGACAUCUUGGAGGUAAGAGGGGAAAUUGAAACGACAUUUGAAUACCUUGCAUCAAAGAACAACUUCAGGAGAGCCCUAAAAUUUUUGAGCUCGCAAUUUGAGCUUGGCUUAAGCAGCAUUACAAUAGAUAUCAAAAAAAAGUUCCGCAAUUACUCAACGAACUAUUGGUUUGAAAUUUUAGAAUGGCUUUCUGGACCAAACCGAGCCCCUAAACCUCCUGCCGUCACUUCUCGGAUCAAGCUUCUUUCGACCACUCAAACAACCACGCAACUGCGACUCCCUCGGAAUCUCUUAUAAAUACUGUCUCUGCGACUCUCUCGGCCCACGGCAUCAAGAUCCUGAACUAGGAACAAAGCUAGCCCAGACAGCAGUGAAUUACAUGAACAAUUGGAUCAAAAGGACAGGCCAUUCUGAUAUUUGUACGCCAUUGGAGAUUUCAAAAAGUUUCACACCGGUUAUUGAGGAAUACAUGCCGGGAAAAUAUGAGGAGAAAGUUUACGUUGUAACGUUUCAGACGUUCCCUGGAAAUGCUCUUUAUAAUCCGUUUGUUCAGGUGAGAAAUCAAGGCUUUUGUAAAUUUUGGAAAAGUUUUUGUAAGGUUCUUUGCCUAGUAAUAAGUUGGCAAGCGGGAUGGUCUAUUUUUUGACAGGAAUGUGACAAUACUUUGGAUAUCUUCCACUUCAUCAAGAACAAAACACCCUUUCUUUCAGGUGAAAAACGACGGCACAAUGGCCGUGAAAUCCACCACGUUCCCUCGCCGCAACACCUUCAGUCUUCACGCGAGAUGCGUUUUCGAGCGAUACGGUGAGGUCCGACAUGCCGAGAACUAUUGUUUCUGCAAAAGCCUUCUAAACGAUACCUUGGAAACCAAUAAAGUUAAUUUAUGA